AUGGAUAUACAGAACAUCAGUUGCUUUAUUUCUCCAGAAGCUGAUGGAAAUUGUGGCUUUCGAGCCAUAUCCAUAGCUGUAUAUGGUACAGAAACGAGAUGGAUAGAAGUUAAAGAUCGCAUGUUGGAAACGUAUAUAAGAUGCGAAGGUAGCCUAUAUCGUGAUCGAUUUGGAGUGAACGAAAAGGCCAACAUUGUAAUCACCUUGACCUGUAAAGCUGCUCCAAACAUGAACUUCAGUCAUUGGUUUGGCACUGUCGACUUAUCUCAAAUUGCAGCAGAUGUGUUCCAAAGGACAGCUGUCGUUGAUUCUAAUGUGCUAAGCCGAAGGAACCGUAUAAUCUGA